GAGAGUUCCCUCUGUGUCAUUUCCUUCGUCCAUUUGGUUAAAAAAAAAAAAAACUACCGGGAGGAAAUCGGUGGAGGUAAUGGUGGUGGAGCUCCUCCCAGUAACAGCAGCGCAACCCUCAUUCUACCACCACCACCACCCCCAUCUUUAAUCAAAACCUUAAUUUUCUUCCAUUCCAAAAAAUGCCACCCCAAAUUCUACACGAUGAUAAUCCCACUGUUGUGGCCGUCGAUAAAGACAAGCAUAGUUUUUCUGCCGUUCGAUGGGCGAUUGAUCAUCUCUUGAUGACCAAUCCAACCCUCAUUUUAAUCCAUGUAAAGACCGGACAAUCUCAAAAUCAAAAUUUAAAUGGGGUCUCCCCAGAUGCAAAUGGUGGAUUCCUUGACGAAAUUUUCACGCCUUUUCGUGCAUAUUGUGCAUGCAAAGGGAUAAUAGUGAGAGAGGCAGUCAUUGAAGGUGAUGAUGUGUCUAAUUCACUUAUAGACUACAUCAACCAUCACCAUGUUACCAAUGUGGUUCUUGGUGGCUCAUCGCGGAGUGCUCUUUCAAGGAAAUUUUGGACUUACGAUGUACCAACUUUGAUAAACAAGACUGCUCCAGAUUUUUGUUCAGUGUAUGUAAUUGUGAAAGGAAAGACACAAUCUGUCCGACUAGCAGCACGACAUGCAGCCAGUUCGACUCCACCUAGGAUACCUUCCACACAAGCACAGUCUGUCAAGAUUAACAACUUUGAACCAGACACUGGAUCCAGGGCAAAUUCUAUAAGAGAGUGGAAGGGUGUAGGUUCUGAGAGGAUCGUGUCCAACAAAGGUCCAGGGAAUGGAUCAAUGGACAAUUAUGACAUUUCCAGUCGAGUAGGAUCGAAAAUGUCACCUGGCCACAUUUCCCUAGACAGACCAGUCAAGUUGGGAUCAAUUGAUAUUCCAACACAAAAUUUAGACUUCACCUUUAUUGCAGAAGGUGGUGAUGACAAAUAUUCCUCAUCUUCAAAAGAAGCUGAAGACGAGAUGAAAAGACUAAAGCAUGAGGUGAGGCAGACCAUGGACAUGUAUAAUACUGCUUGCAAGGAAGCAGUUUCUGCCCAACAAAAGGUAAAUAAUGCUACUUUUGGCAGCAAGAAUGAAAAUUCCGUAGUAUCUAAUAUUGUAAAGAAGAAGCUAGGCAACCAAACACACCUUCUCUCACCCCAAGAUCGCACACCAUGGAACGAUUCGGUUUCUGUUUAA